AUGCUGCUGCUAGCUAAAUUUGCUGCUCUGAGAGCAGGCAUCGGGUCGAUCGUGGCGGUGGUGAUUCUUCUAAAUAUCGCCAUUUUUAGCAGAUCAGACUCCGAUUUCUAUACCAAUGCAUCCGAUGGCGGCCUCGAGCUGAGUCUAGAGGUGCUUACUUCAAAUGAAUACACAGAGCUGCUUCGGAAGGGCUUGCUAGAAGCCAAUAAGGAAAUGGUCCUCGAUAAGAUCAAGCAGGACUUGAGCAGGUCACAUAAGGAUCAGUUCAUGGACGACUUGAGGAAGGAGAUCAAGAACGAGUACGAAAAGGAUUUCAUCAAGCAGCUCAAGGAGAAACUCGACCGUGAGUUCACGAAGUCUUAUUACACGCUAAGAGAGAAGCAUUUUGAUAUUUUCCAGGACUUGGAAAUGAAGUACUAUGAAGAGAACAAGGAGAAGCUCAAAAACUACGAGAUCUUCUCUGCCAUGGACUCGGUUCUUGGGCCUAAAGCAUCCCCAGACCUUAAAGAAAAGGUCCGUGCCCAGCUUGACGACUCCAUGUCUCGUAAGAACUACUUCAACUUUGUCUUGAACGACUUGAUCAUGAAACACGCUCCGCUGAUGGGUCCAUUAACGAAACACGAACGCGGUAACGAUUUACAAGGCUGCUCCUUUGUUGUCAACCCAGUCAUUUACGAUGAAAACAAGCUUGAUAUUGUUCGUUUCGAAAACGACCGUUUCCAGGAUUUCCAGACCAAGCACGACGCCAUUGUGCUGCAGCUUCGGUUGUUGAGCACACCGCCUCCUCAUAUCUUCAGAGGCGACGGUAUUGUGCUUAGUGCUGGUGGAGCCUACUUUGCCGGUGCUAUGGUUGCCAUUGCUCAGAUCAGAGAAACUGGCUCCAAGCUUCCUAUUGAGGUCAUGAUCAAUACAGCAGAAGAGUACGACAAAGACUUGUGUGACACUUUGAAAAACACCUUCAACGCUCAGUGUGUCAUCAUUGAAGAUGAAAUAGGUCCAGAUAUGUUGAAGAAACUCAGGCUUUCCAAGUUCCAGCUUAAGAUCCUUGGUCUUCUCGUUACUUCGUUCGAGAACGUCAUUGCCUUGGAUGCCGAUAACAUGCCUUUGAUGAACCCAGACUCCUUGUUGCUGUCUCCACAAUACUUGGACACAAAAUUCCUCCUUUGGCCUGACCUCUGGCAGCGUACGGUCUCUCCAACUUACUAUGACAUUGCCAGAAUCGUUCCAGGCAUGCCUGUCAGAAGACACGGUAUUCCUAAUGACGAAGACGCCAAGGACUACUUUUCUCGUAACCCAGAGAUUGUUCAUUUCCACGAUCGGGAAGGACUCCCCAACGCUGUAUCUACAGAAACAGGCCAGAUGGUUUUCUCCAAGAGAGAACAUUUCAGAUCGCUUUACUUAUCCCUUUACUAUAACGUCUUUGGUGCUACUCAUUACUGGAGAAUGUUCUAUCAAGGCAGUCCUGGUGACGGUGACAGAGACACUUUUGUUCCUGCCCUCCAUGUGUUCAAUGAACCAUACCAUGUGGUUGACAGAGCUACGUGGUUGGCUGGUUUCAACGAAAAGGGAGGCAGGUUCCAGGAGACUACCAUUGUUCAAUAUGAUCCUGUCACCUCUGCUGGCUUCCUUCGUGAAUGGAAGAGAUUCCUUCAGAAGAAGAACCAGGACAUGAGACUUACGUUUGACCAAAAUAACGAUGCCACAAGAAACCUUCUAAAAGCUUUCCAGGAAGAAAGAGGCGACGAAAUGCCUCCAUUACCUGAAGUUAUGUUCCUUCAUGUUCACAGACCAAAGAUCAACCCGGUCUUGGAAACCGAUCCCGAAGGGUACUUCGAUUGUUUCUCCCAGAGAAACAUGGGUUUGCCUGGCAGAUACGAAGAGCAUUAUGGCAAAAGGGAUUGGGAACUCAGAUUCAACUUGAUCUCCCGCUGGGCCGCUUGUAAAGGUCUCGGCAGUCCACUUUGGUGGAAAUCAGUUAAGAGAGACCAGACUAAGGUCUGCCAACAGGUCUCUGACUACGUCAAGUUCUUGGAGAAGGAUUCCAAAGAUCCAAAUGCCCACAAAUUUGAAAACAUCAUUGUCGACUUCUAA